CUGAGCAACCCCGGAAAAGAGCGUUCCUAAUCGCAAAGCGUUUUGGGUAACGUAGUCUUCUAAUCCUGUUGAUCGCUGAAAUAAACUUCUUGAAGACCUUAUACAUUCAGACAGCCCGAUGUCAACUUUGUAACAUGCUAAACCAGGAAGUUGACGGAAAACUGACUGCAAUGGAUCAGUAUUGGUGAUGGAAUUGCCAAUUGCGUCAGACCUGGAUGAUCCAGGCCCUGGGAGCCUUUCUGGGGGGCAGACGCGGACUGUGAAGUCCCAUCUGCUGGCUUCCAGAGAGCUUUUGGUGGCUGCCCUGUAUAACCUUGCUCCCCUGCUGGACAGAGUCCUGGCGGCUGGCCUGCUCUCCCAGGAGAACUACUUUGAGGUGGGGGCGGAGAGGACCCCUCAGGGCCGUGCCCGCAGGCUGCUGGAGGUGGUUCAAGCUGAGAUGGAUGAGGUUGGGGCCAGGCAGUUCGUGGAGUGCUUGAGGAGCUGCAGGCAGCACUACCCCCGCCUCCGUGAAUGGCUCAGCCCCGAUGCAAGUAUGGAACGCUUGUGUGUUAACACACGUAUGUGUACGACUGGGCUAAAAUUCUAUGUCUCAGCAAAGAUGGUCAUUAAGUCAGCAUGUGUUUUGUCUCUCCACACAGACAUAGAGCGUGGACCCACAGAGCGUCAGCUGCAAGCCCAGCUCAGCGUGCUGUGUAGCCGGUUGGGCUACUCUGUGCUGCCUGUCGCCCUGUCGCUGUUCUCCAACGGGACCCUGACCCAGUUUGAACUGGACCAGGUCCAGACAGCGCCCACGUCCUACCAGCAGACCCACCUGCUCCUGACUGCCUGUCUGGCAAAGGGAGAGAGGGCCUGCUGCCGCUUCUACCAGGCCCUGGGUAGUGAAGAUCCACAGCUAGCCUCAGAUAUCAGCGGGGAGACUUCAAACGCCGGUGGCCUGGAAGAAGCUCAGCACGUCUCUGUGGUCACUGGUCAUAUCAGCUCUGUCGCAGUGGAGGAUCAUGGGGUUUGUAGUACUCCUGUGGAAGCGGUGGAUCAGGGCGUCUGUAAUGCUCCUGUGCAAGUGAGGGAUCAGAGUGACUGUAGUAUCCCUAUAGGAGUUGAGGAGAUUGGAUCCUUCCCAGAAAACCACUCACCCUCAGGCGUGCUGUGGCAGGUGCUGUCUCAGCUGUCCGUGGUCCCCGGGGAGGACGCCAGGCUGAACGUGUGUGAGCUCGGGGUGGCCGUAGGUCUCCCCAGGAGGACGAUCCGAGAGUGCCUGCUGGAGGAGGUGGAAGUGGGGGACGCAGCUCAGCUCAAGGCCCUGGUUGACCUCUUCCUCAGUAAGACCGGGGAUACCACGAGGCUUCUGGCCAGGAUGUCAGAGAGUACGGCACAGAGGGUGCUGCUUUCGGAGAGGGGAUGCAUGUUGCUGAAGCUACUGCUGGAAGCUAAGGCCUUCCUUCAUUCUGGGGACCACCGACACUUGGGAGCUGAGGAGCAUGUGGACAAAGUGUGGAUCAUCUUCAGCUUCGUCAUGUGGGACAUCACAGCAGAGGUCCUGGAGGAGCCCACGGUGGAGCCAUGGGAGCCCAAGGCAGGAGUCAGUCUGUUACGAGGCAGUGAGAGAGUUGAGACGGAGCUUCUCCAGGAGCUGGAGGAGUGUUGGGCGGAGGGAGGAACCGAGAACCUGUUGCAGAGCAUUAGGGUUUUGGCCCAGGUGCUACGAGACCUCCACCCCCUCCAGGACAGAGUGUGCCUCUCCCCCCCAGAGGGCAGUGUGUACUCCUGCCGUCCUCACAGACUUCACCGGGUCACCCGUUUCCAGGGCCUGCCUGCGCGGACCAUCCGCAAAGCCCUGGGCCACGGAGCUCCCUCCGCCUCCGCCCCUCUCCCCAGCCAGUACAGAGACCUCUGUUUCUGCAUCGCACGUCUGCUGAACAGGGUGAGCCCAGAAGAAGGGGCCGCCACCACGGAUCUCUCCCAGGCUCCCAGCGCCGCCAUCACCCAGCACAUCCGCUCAGCCCUCGCCCGGUCCGCGUUCGGAUCCCAGAGCUUUGACGCUGGGGUGAGACAUAGGGUCCUGUCUGUGGUCAAGUACAACCCGGUCCAGUGGGGCCUGUCGAACUUACAGGAGCUGCACAGAGACACCCUGUUAGGCCUGGAGAGCUACCUGAAGCCCGGGGAACAUCACAGCUUCCAGCUGCUCCUGGAGAGAGUGCAGGUCUUGGGCGGGUCGGUGAUACACUGGGCCGGGAGGGUCCGGGGCCCGGUCAACAUCGACCACGGCGUGGAGGAAGUCCUCGGAUUCGUCACCUCCAAGCCGGCCUCGUUCCUGGUCAGUGUUAGUUGUCGUGGUUACGAAAGGGGCGGGUUCUUCUGGGUGCGCGAGCCUCGCUGCGUGUGUCUGUCCGGGCUUGGGGAGGGCGGGGUGCCGGGUUUAGGGGACACCCCGGGGGUUUUGGCUGUGGAGGGAGAGACUGUGUGGGUGAGGGAGGGGAGUCAGGUCAGGGAGAGGGGGACAGAGCUGUCGGCCACGUUACUGGAGAUGGGCUGCUGUUUUAGGGUCAACACCUCAGGGACAUUUUGCCAGGUCAAGUUCAUUUACAAGACAGGGAACAUCUCUGCUGUAGCUGAGAAGAACUGUGAAGUAGUCUGAGUCGCUCAUAUUUAACACCAGAACCAAAUAGUAUUCUGGUUAUUAAUGUGGAUUGCAUAAGUAUUCAGCCCCCUUGGACAUCUUCAACAUGUUGCCUUACAAUGUGUUACUGAAAUUUCCUGUGACGUUUGUCAGCAAUUUCCACAACAUAUUUUGUAAUGUCAAAGAGUAAAAACGUUUAAUUAAAUACAACACUAAUAUACUUCGAUAAGAUUAGUAUUCAGCCCCUUUGACAGUGAGGUUUCUUGAGUAUGUCUCAUACAGCUAAUGUAUUGUUUUGGAUGUGUCCUAAUGUCAAUGCAAUUAGAACAAAUAAUGUAUUCAUUAGUUUUUUGCGAUAUUAUGAUAGGGCCUUGUGGCACGUGGAUGCAUGUCUUUGUGGUAUGUCUUUCUGUUUAUUGUUCACUCAGUCUUUAAUUCAUUAUUGUAUUGUUGGUACAAUGUGGCUGGAAAUCCAUUGCGGUUUUGAAAUCACAAAUGGAGAAACGUGAAAUGCAGCACAUACUAAAAACAACAAAUGUUGCUGACUUCCUUUAAGCAUGGAGGAGUGAGUCAGUAUUCAUCCACAGCAAUGAGACUGAUCAGCUACAAGAAGCUUUUGGUUGCCGUGGUAGCAGCUAAGGGUCAUCAAGAUGCUAUGUGACUGAUCAUUAAAUAAGCAUAAACCUUG